GAUCUUGCGUGUGAACCUCGCAGUGCCUGCAGCUCGAACACUGCCAACAACACACCAGCGGAGAUAUAUGUCAUUGCCACAAUGAGCAAACCAGCAAAGCCGGCCGAGAACGAGCAUCUUGAAGAGGUGGAUCUGAAGCACCAGGAAGAGACCGUCCAGAAUCACGAAGAGAUCGAUAUCAACGAUGUUGCGGAGAAUAAGAAACUCAAUCGAAGACUGGACUUGCGCGUUCUGCCCCUUUGUUGCUGGGUAUACCUAUUGAACUUUCUCGACAGGGGUAAUAUCGGGAAUGCUCGAGUGCUCAAUGCGGAGACUGGCGACGACAUGCUACAAGUCACGGGCCUGACGCCUCAUGGAUAUGCUCUGACAGUCACGUUGUUCUCUGUGGCAUAUGCAGUCUUCGAGGUUCCUAGCAACUGGGUCAUGAAACACUAUAUAAGACCAUCUAUGUGGCUGGGUAUCCUCCUCUUUGCGUGGGGCGCAUUGACGAUUGGGUUCGCAGGCGUUCAAAACACUGCUACCAUCAUCGCACUGAGGUUUCUGAUCGGAGCUUUCGAGGCGGGAUUCUUUCCAGGUAUUGUCUACUUUAUCACUAUUUGGUAUCGCUACAAUGAGCGCGCGGUCCGUAUCGCCCUUGUUAUCGCGUUCUGCAACCUAGCAGGUGCUUUCGGAGGCGCCAUCGCUUUUGGCGUCGGCCACAUCAACGGGGCUGCAGGCCUUGAGGGUUUUCGAUGGCUCUUCAUCAUUGAAGGUAUCAUCACCUUACUGUCUGCGUUUCUGUUGUGGUUCUUCCUGCCAGACUAUCCGGCGCGGGCCAAAUGGCUUACCAGUGCGGAGAAGAAGUUCGCCGUGGAUCGGCUCGCUGAACGAGGCGGUGGAUACAACCGAGAACACGCAACGCGCAAGGAGAUCCUAGAUACCUGUUUCAGCCCGCGCAUGCUGUUGCACUACCUAGCAUACAUCGCGGACGUCGUUCCUCAGGGCUCUUUUACCUUCUUUACUCCAACUAUCGUCACGGGACUCGGGUAUGAAUCAAUCCACGCACAGCUCUUGUCUGUUCCGCCCUGGGUCGUGGGAUUCUUCGUCGCAAUUACGAUAUCAUACACAGCAGACAAGUUCAACGCCAGGGGUUGGCAUAUCACCAUCUUCUCGGUGAUCGGCGGAACGGGCUGGCUCACAGCUGGUCUACUGCCAGCCGAUGCAUACGUACAGCGAUACGGCUGUUUGUGUCUCGCUGCCGCAGGCGCUUUUCCUUGCGCACCGUCACUGACGAAUUGGGUUACAUGCAAUACACCCAGCUUUUUAACACUGCCGCUAGCGAUCGCGGUGAACAACUCUUGCGCCGGUAUUGGACAGAUUAUCGCACAGUGGAUCUGGAAGAACAACGAGCGGACCCAGGGAUUCCCGACUGGCAACUUCGUGUGCGCAGGGUGUAGCUUCUUGGUCGCUGCUAUAGCUACUGGUCUUAGACUCUGGUAUGGGAGGAUGAACAAGCUGGAGCGAGCCGACAGCAGAGGCGAGCAACGGAUCUGGGCACUGUAGCGGGCGUCUCAACAUCGAGCGUGGGUGGCCAGCAGUAGCUGUGUCAUGUUGUAGACUGCGAAUCAUUCGCAGUUCUCCCAAAUUCUCCAUGACGUCUGAGCACGGG